UCGUCUCGACGUUCCACAACCUCACUUUUCUGUCAUCACAUCCACUUGCAACUGUCUUGCCAUUUGGAGACAAUGCCAUGGACCGCACUCCUGCGCUGUCCUCUUCAUCUUUCCAGUCCUCUUCCACCUGUGUGCCGCUCUCCAAGUCCCAUAGUCGGAGUGAGCCGUCCGUCGAACAUGUGAUGAUGUGACAUCCACCGUGCAGAUAUACAAUAUCAUUUACCCAGUCGGUAUGACCUUUCAUUGUCUGACGUGGCAUGAUCGCUGGCGUCUUGCUGGUAGAGGAAGACAUGAUCGGCGCUCGGUAUUUCAACUAUGGCAGAUUGGGGACUAUGUAUGCGAGAGAGGCGGGAUCCGGCAACAGCAAUAAUUCCUGGUGGGUCCAGGAACCUGUUUUUUUCACUUUAAUUCUUGUCAGAGCACACAAGCCACUGCUAACAAGACAGCCUUACAGGAUCCAAUCCUCACCCAGAAGCUUACUUCGGGACUGUCUAUGGAGGAGGUGCUGCGCCGUUAUUUGAGAAAUCAAAAUUUGCAAGAGAUCUUUGUGGGUAUCCGAAGUUGCUGCGAUCAGACUCCCAGGGUGUCUGGUUGGUAGUUGAGGAAGUUGGACACCCGUUUGUUCAAGCGUUUUGCAAGAUCAAGCGCUCGCGUCUGGCCGGUGCUAUGUCCAUCUUCCUAUAUGUCAGGACUAUGUUUGAUAGUUAUAGCUAACAUUCGACGGGGUGCUGCACUCCCUACCUACUGUUAUGGAACAGCGCCUAUUUCUAGGGUGGACUUUCAUUUUC